AUGGAUUUUGAUGACAUCGACUGCAACAAUGGCUGUGAGUAUUGUGGACGAAUGAAGCAAAGUGGCCGUUUCUACACAUUUGAGGCGUAUGGCUGUGGUUGUGGAGAUGAUAGCAUUUUUGGACCCGAUGAUGACAAUGAAAGGAUGUUGAUGAUUGCACGGAUAUCUUCUCGCAAAACACCACCACCAACGGCUUCAAUUUGCGACAAGUUUGCUGUCAAAAGGAGCUCUGUGCAUAGAAUCUUUAUAAAA